AUGGGAGGCGAGGGUGGCAUUGGAGGGCAGGCCGGAUUUCCCCUCGAGACCUGGUUUUGGGAGAUGCCGCUCUGCACCAGAUGGUGGACAACGGCCACAGUUCUGACAAGUGUCCUCGUACAAUGUCAGAUCGUUACUCCCUUCCAACUAUUUUACAGCUUCCGAGCCGUCUUCGUCAAGUCUCAGUACUGGCGCCUCCUCACAACCUUCCUCUACUUCGGUCCCCUCUCGCUGGAUCUGGUCUUCCACGUCUUCUUCCUCCAGCGGUAUUCACGAUUAUUGGAGGAAUCAUCCGGUCGGUCACCGGCGCACUUCUCUUGGUUGUUACUCUAUGCAACGACCUGUUUGAUAUGUAUUUCUCCUCUGGUAUCCAUGCCGUUCCUUGGACAUCCACUAUCAUCGACCCUUGUCUACAUCUGGUCGCGACGCAACCCAGAUACCCGACUAAGCUUCCUCGGCCUGUUGGUCUUCACGGCGCCGUACCUGCCGUGGGUACUGAUGGGGUUCAGUCUGAUAUUGCACGGAACGAUCCCAAAGGAUGAGAUCAUGGGUGUUGUUAUUGGGCACGUGUGGUACUUCUUCUCGGAUGUGUAUCCCCCAUUGCAUAAUGGUUCUCGUCCGCUCGACCCCCCGAUGUGGUGGAGAAGGAUAUUCGAAAGGAGACCCAGGGUGGAGACGGCAGAUGAAUUCAACAAUGAGCUUGCGGCUGCAGCAGUUCCUGCACCUGAGGUACGAUAG